GGAAGAUUAGAUAGAAGAAUAAAAGCUUCACUGAAAGGAGCUUCCCUGCUGCCAAACUGAUCUCAAUUAAUAAUAUAGUAUGGUCAAUAACACAAUCGAAAGUAGGCAAGUACCCAUCUCACGUCACCUCCAACUGCGUAUAUCAGCUCACCAGUCCUUUGGAAGCAAUUACAUAGGACGGACUGAAGGAAGGAUGUCUACUCAAUUUGAUGAGCACAUUCCGAAAAAAUCUGUCUCUGAAUGUUACCAAGGUCUUUUAAGGCACAAUCACCAGGCAUCUGAUGGAAACAGGACAUCAAACCAUGAGGAUAAUCAACAAACAAAAAACACUAUAUUUACUACGGUUUGCGGAAGCUUUUGCUAUCAAACAUUUUCAGCCUAAUCUGUUUACUCAGAAGGAGAUUGUAAUUAGCUUUUCUUUACCUUGAUAACUGUAGAUAAGUUUUCAAUCUUUAU